GCUCUCGGGGGGGGGUCUUUGCGGGCCUCCAUUUCUGCUCCAGCUUGUUUGUUGGCGGCAAACUCUGCCCUGUGCGGUGCGGGGGGGGGAGUCCGGGGCAGGUCGAGCAGCAGCAGCAGCAGCCCCCCCCUCCCUGAGAGGCGCCCGGGGGGGCCCGGGGGGGCUUUCCCCCGCCCCGAGGCCCGCGAGGAAGCGCCGCUUCCGGGUCUCCGGCGAGAGCCCUCCCCCCGCCUACUGGAUUCCGGCAGCCAAUCACACCCGCCCGGCUGCGAGGAGUUGUCCCUAGCCCCGCCCAUCACGAGAAGGAGGCGGGACUUCUGCUUUUUAAAGGGAGCCGACAUCCCGGAAAUCAGCGAGGAGCAGCAGGCGGGACUUUGACCAGUUACAGCCAAUGGUAGCAGAAGAAACGUUUCUGGGAGGCGGGGCGUCCCGAAAGGGCGGGGGAGCUGCCGUCGCCUAGGCGACGGUUUGAAUCCCGCCGGAGCUGCGGAGGUGCCCCGGGAGGAGGCGGCGGAGCGUCCCAGGCCCAUGGCUCAGCGGCGGCUGGCUGAAGCACUGCAACUCUCGCGUGACCUAGUCCUUAAACGGUGUUGCAAAGACAAGGGAGAGGGGGCCGAGAGGGGGGUGCAUUUCCCUGCCCACCUAACUGCCCCACAGCGAGUGCCCCUCAGCAAGGAUGUCCACGGCAUCUACAGCCUCGGCUUUGCCCCAGGUGGGGGGCAGCUUGCAGCUGGCUUUGGAAACGGGGCUGUGCAGCUGGUGGACGCAGGGAGAGUCUCUCCAGGCCCGUCCUUGUUUUCCGGGCACCGCACGCGCCACGCCAUCACCGCGGUGAGUUUCCACCGGGCCACGCCGGGCCUGUUGUUGGCUGCGGGAGCAGAUGGCACCGUCUCCAUCUAUGACCUGUUCUCCCAGUGCCCGGUGGCUUCCUUGACAGAGAAAGAGAACGAGAUCAAUGCCAUGGACUUCUGCCGGGACGGCAGCACCUUUGCCACUGCUGGCAAAGACCGGCACAUCCGGCUGUAUGACAGCCACACCAACCAGCUCUUCCACAUCAUGGAAGCUCCAGAUUUCAUGGCUGGGGACGAGUUCACGCCCCACAGUGGGCAUUCCCGCCGGAUCUUUGCCUUGUGCUUCCACCCCACAGAGCUGCACCUCUUUCUAACGGGCGGCUGGGACAACUCCGUCAAGGUGUGGGACAAGCGUGUGGCCAAGGGGGCCCAGAGCGUCAUCAAUGGACCCCACAUCUGUGGCCCCGGUCUUGACGUCAAGGGAGACCAGGUGCUGACCGGCUCGUGGGUGCCUCGCGACGCCCUCCAGCUGUGGGACCUGCGCAUGUCGCGGCUGUGGGAGACCCUCCCCUUCCCUGGCAGCCCCGCGCAGGGAGAAUUCCUCUACUCAGCCCAGUUCUGCACGGCGGAGGUGGUGCUGGCCGGGGGCAGCGGGACCGGGGGGGCCUGCGCCAUCCACACCGGCACGGGCCAGGUGCUCGGGGAGAUCCUGCUGCCCAACAAGCCGGUUCAUGUCGUGGUGUCAGCCCCUGGAGGGCAGCCGGUGGCUGUGGCUGGCGCAGGAGGAAACCUCCACCUUGCCGAGCUGCAGCACUGAGUCCGCAGGCCGAGGAGGACCCAGCAGGCCAGCCGGGAGCCGAGGGACCGACGGACGGACGGACGGACGGAGGGGACACCAGCCGCAAGGGGACCCCGCCCGCACACGCCUGCCGCCCUCUCCUGUGGCAGGCAGGCCUUUGGAGGCGGCGGCGGCAGCAGCAGCUGCUUCCCUGCUCCCUCCGGGGUGGGGGGGCCCCUGCCACCCUCCUCCCCCUUGCCUGGGGCUUCCCUGCUCCCUCCUGCCCCAGGCCCCUCCGCCUUGCAGGGAGCGUGUUGGGGAGCAGAGGGGUCUGUGCCUGCCCAGGAUCUGUGCAAUAAAGCUGGUGGCUGAAAGUGGG